AAGCAUGUGACCAUGUGAUCAGAGUCACUGCAGCCAGACAGAGCGAGGAAACUUGUGACCAAAACAUCAGGAGAAGCAGCUCGGCGCCCUGUGAGAUAACAAGUGUACCCGGACUCCCAGCCUUCCUUCACUCUCUGCACCUCCGUCGCUCAACAUGGACUGCGGGAUCUUCACCUCCAAGACCGUCCUGCUCUUCCUCAGCCUGGUAUUCUGGGCUGCAGGAGCGGUGUUGGCCUACGUCGGAGCCUAUGUAAUCAAGAGCAAUGACAACUUUGGCAGUUUCAUCCAGGACAAGUACACGCUGGUCCCAGCCGCUAUUAUCAUCGGCGUCAGCGUGGUGAUGUUUAUUUUUGGCCUGGUUGGAUGCUGCGCUACACUCCGGGAGUCCAAAGUCGGACUCAGCUUUUUUUUUCUGAUCAUCAUGGCGAUCUUUGCCGCUGAAGUGGCUGCUCUGGUGUUUAGCUUUAUCUACAAAGGCAAGAUAAACGCAGACCUGGAGCGCUCUAUGAGUGAAGUCUUUGUGCAUUAUGAUGGACAGACUACUGAGACCAAAGCUGUUCACUACCUGCAGACUCAGUUGCAGUGCUGUGGUGUCAUGAAUUACACCAGCUGGUCCAAUACCACCUGGUCUAACAGCCACAACAACACCGUGCCUCUGUCCUGCUGUAAAAACGGAACAUCGCAGUGCACAGGCAGAAUGGACCAACCAGACCUGCUGAACACACAGGGCUGUGAGAGGAAGCUGGAUCAGCUCCUGCAGGACGUCUUGAGUUACGCCAUGCUUGUCAUUCUGGGCGUCGCCAUCAUCAAGUUCUUUGGCAUGCUGAGCGUGUGUGUGAUCACCUGUAAAACUGACAACCGGAGGAGUGGCUACCAGCCUCUGUAUGCCUGAACCACUUCCUGCAACCACCAACCACCUCUUUUACUAGACUAGGUUUGCUGAUCACUCACUCAGCAGUGCACGUCCACAUCCAGGCAAAUAACUGUAAAAAUAGUAAUAAUGGCAUAUGAAGAAUAGAUAACUGGCAGAACUUUUCUCAACAUAAAGGGGAUCCCUCAAGAGCAUUUAAACACAAAUAUAUUCUUGGACUUGUGAAAUAAUUUUGCUUAAAGUGGCUUCUAAGUUCUAAAUUUCUCUCCCUUGUAAUGAUGAAGGCGUCUUCAUGCUUGAGCAGCCCAAGGUCUUAUAGUGUCUCAGCCCAACUACUGUAUCAUUCUUUGAAAUGAUGGUGACUAAGGGCUUUAAACUAUAUUUUAACCUUUUGUGAUUAUGAAAGCACAGCGGUGUAAUGCCUUAUUUAGGGAUGCAAUAUUUAUAGCCAACUGAAUACAGUAUAUAUAUAUUUAAAUAUAAGGUCAGUUAACUGUUUUGGAUUACGUGACAGUUCUACAUAGCAUGACGUUGGUUGUGUUUAUUAUAUUUCUAAAUUAAAAAGGUGAACAUUUCACAGUACUUUAGUGUUGUGUGGAGUUCACAUUAUCACAUUAUUGUUGCCUUGUAUUCCCUGUUUUUUGUGUGUUUUUGACAUCCUGUAAUUUUUAAAUAGUUUUCAAAGAUUUUACCGUUUCGCACAUAUACUACAUGUAACUAUGGAAUUUUGGGGACACAGUUGUGUCUAAUCCUAUAGUCAUUGUUAUGCAAAAACGCCUUUCUAGGUUAUUUUCAAAAAGCUGGUUAUUUUGCACUAGACCAGUAUUGCACUAGACCAGUAUUGCAGUUUGCAUUUGGAACAUCAUAUGAAACAUGUCGCACAGUGGUUAUCUCUCCCCUUUUACCUCCUGACUCUGCUGAUAAAGAGGCCCUUAUUUCCGUAGACAUACGCAAGCUAGGAGUGUUUAUCUUACAUAAGCCUUACUGUUCAAAAAGAUAUAUGAGAACGUAAACGCAUGUCUAGGUUCAUCAUAGUCAUUGAUCCUUACAGCACAGGUUACAGAAUUGGUCAGCUGUUGAUGAGGCUGUCAUAUAACUGAUUCCAACCAUUAAAAUGUAAAGUACC